CCAAUAUGUCCUGCCAGCAGAACCAGAAGCAGUGCCAGCCUCCUCCCAAGUGCCCCUCCCCCAAGUGCCCCCCAAAGAGCACAGCACAGUGUCUGCCUGCAGCCUCCUCCUGCUGUGCUACAAGCUCUGGGGGCUGCAGUGUCCCCAGCUCUGAGGGAGGCUGCUUCCUGAGCCACCACAGGCGCAGGUCCCACAGAUGCAGGCGCAGGAGCUCCAGUUCCUGUGACCGUGGCAGUGGCCAGCAGUCUGGGGGCUCAGGCUGUGGGCACAGCUCCGGGGGCUGCUGCUGACCUGGAUCCUGAGGCUGA